AUGGGUCUUGGUGCGUUGGAAUCGUCUCGCAAGGACGCACAAGACUCAGUGGUCAAACGGAUUCUUGGAUCAGAAAAAAACGUGGCUCUACUAGGUUUUGCACGAGCCGGAGUCGAAAACAUCAAAGUUCACCUCGGCUCGUUUGCAGUGUUCAAAUUUGCAGCAUUGUUUUCUUUCUAUUAUUGCGAUUUAGUUUAUGAGAUCUCUGAAUUUCAGGUUGGCAAAGCUGGUGGAGAGAAGUGGAAGGCCAUGUCUGAAUCUGAGAAAGCUCCGUUUGUGGCGAAGGCAGUGAAGAAGAAGGCAGAGUACGUGAAAGCAAAGGAAGAGUUCGAUAGGAAACUCCUUGGCGAUGUAGCAGAGAAGCCAGAGGAGUCUGAGAAAUCUUCUUCUGAGGUCCAUGAUGUUGCUGAGCAGGAAGCCAGCUCUUAGAUAGAUCAGAUGAUGUAGAAAGCGGGUCAAAAUUCAUGGUACAGUGAUGCACAGGAGAACAGUAGUGGCUUUACUCUAGUACAUGGUUAUAGAUAGCUUGAGUGGGUCGUGUUUUGCUUCUACAUCUUGCAAUCGGCCGGUGGCCUGUUCCUUUUUGUGGUUGUUGUUUCCGUUGAACAGUUAGUUUUCUGAUGGCAAUUUGAUAUGCUCUGCGAUGUUGAUGACCUAAUGACUAGUA